UCUGUGCAGGGCCUGAGUGGAGGCCCGGAAGGGUCCGGGCCGGGCCAAUGAAGACCCUACUAACCAUCCUAGCUGUGGGAUCCCUGGCUGCUCACAUUGCGGAGGACUCUUCCAAGCUGCUUCAGCACGUGAAAUUCCAGUCCAGCAACUUUGAAAACAUCCUGAUGUGGGACAGUGAGCCGGACAGCAUCCCCGGCACGGUCUACAGCGUGGACUACAAGACGUACGGAGAGCCACAGUGGCUGGCAAAGGCAGGCUGCCAGCGGAUCACCCGGAAGUCCUGCAACCUGACCAUGGAGACAGGCAACCUCACUGAGUUCUACUACGCCAGGGUCACGGCUGUCAGCUCAGGUGGCUUGUCAGCCACCAAGAUGACCGAACGGUUCAACUCGCUACAACACACUACCAUCAAACCCCCGGAUGUGACUUGUGUCCCUAAAGUGAGAUCCAUCCAGAUGAUUGUCCAUCCCACCCUCACCCCUGUGUAUGACGGAGAUGGCCACCAGCUAACCCUGGAAGAGAUCUUCCAAAAUCUAUUCUACCGCCUGGAGCUCCACAUCAACCACACCUACCAAAUGCAUCUUGGAGGGAAUCAGCGCGAAUACGAGUUCUCUGGCCUAACCCCUGACACGGAAUUCCUGGGGAGCAUCGUGAUUUUGGUUCCCACCUGGUCCAAGGAGAGCGCCCCCUAUGUGUGCCGAGUGAAGACGCUGCCAGAUCGGACGUGGACCUACUCCUUCUCGGGUGCCGUACUCUUCUUCAUGGGCAUCCUGGUCACUGUGCUUUGCUACCUGAGCUACAGAUACAUCACCAAGCCUCCAGUGCCCCCCAACUCACUGAAUGUCCAGCGAGUGCUGACUUUCCAGCCGCUGCGCUUCAUCCAGGAGCAUGUGCUGAUCCCCGCCUUGGACCUCCGUGGCCCCAGCAGCCUGGCCCAGCCCAUGCAGUACACCCCCGUCGUGGUCUCCGCGCCCAGAGAGCCCCCAGUGGCCGCACCGCUGCGCAGCCUGUCGGAGAUGGCCUACUUGGGGCAUACGGACAUCAUCCUCCGGGGUGCCGGAGUGCCCCCUUCCCAGACACAAUCUCCACCAUCCUAUGACACCCUGAAGACAGCCCCUGAGGCCAGGCCCCUGUCCUACGCUCCACAGGUGGCCCCGGAUGCAGAAACCCUAUCUUACACCCCACAGACUAUCUUGACAGCUCAGCCUCCCCCCUGCAUCCCCCAAGCCUUGGGCACCACCGGAGAGCCUGAGCCUGUCUCCUAUGGGGUGUGCCUGGAAGGUGGCGCCACCACAGACUCCCCUCCAGAGACACCCUCCAGUCUGGAGCCUUCCACGCAGAAAGGUCAGCUCCACAAAGAGGCACCAGUGGUGGGAAGGCACACCCCAGGUGACUUAUCUCUGCAGACAGUGACCUCUGUGACUGCGGAGGAACUCCAAGAUGCAGAACUGUUGCACUCACCCCAGGGACUCUGUACAGACAGGAAACUGGGCCUGCUACACAACAGGAAGCCAGAGACCCUCCCAUACCUUCAUGGCUCGCUCCUCUCCUCUGUGCAGAUCGAAGGCUGUCCUGUGUCCCUCCCAUCGCACCCUCCUGUCCUCUGCUGUUCCCACUCCGAGCAGGGGCCACAUCCCCUGCUGGACUCCCUUGUGUGUUCCGAGGAUGGGGUUCUGGAAUCUGAAGCUGAGUCCCUGAGCCCAGGCCCUGGGGCCUUGAUGCUAGAACAGCCCACGGAACUGGACUCACUUUUCCAAAGCCUGGCCCUCACCGUGCAGUGGGAGUCCUGAGAGAAGCAUGGCUGGCCGGGGGUUCCUCCGGCCCCCACCGGCAUCUCCUCCUUGGCUGUCAACCUCCUCCCCACCAUGUCACACAUUCUACAGCCCAGCCCCUGUGGGGGGUUUGGGGAAGCCCCUCUGGGGCCACCUGGGUGAGCUCCCUGUCAGAGCCAAAGGGCAUGACAAGGACUCCAUCAUGACGGCGGAGCUCCUGGCCGAUGAGUGACCCACGCACCUGAUGUGAGUUCUCAGAACCAGGCAGGUGGGAAGUCAGGGUACAGGAAGGAAAUGCAGACAAACCCCUUGGAGACGCGGGGCCCCAACUCUGAGGAUGCUGGGCUCCAGGCUGGCAGGGAGCCUGACCCCAUUCCUGUCCCGUUUCAUAACCUAGCCCAGUAGAGAGUGAGGCGUCUGCCCAAGGUAGGAGAAGGAGCCUGCAGUGGCAGGCUGGGCGGAACCAGAGCAACCUGCCCUUCCGCCACAGCCAGAGGCAGCACAGCGGCAAGACUGCUGGGAGGGGUACAGCUUGAGCUUGGUCUGAGCCAGGGCCUACACCUGAAGUGGUACCAUGCCAGCUUCAUUCCCCAGAGAAUGUGAUCCAGGCAGCCAGGCACACUAGACUUUCCUCCAGGUAGGAAUUUCCAGCUUUAUCCUGAGAACUGGAUUGGAAAGAAACACAGAGCCUGGCAGGGUGGUGCAGUGCACGCCUGUAAUCCUAGCAUGGUGGAGGCUGAGGCAGGAU